AUGCAAUCCUUUCGCAAAGCUCAAAAUGACGAUGAACCCGGUUCAUCAUCAAAGAACCCCCACAAGGCCUCCACUCCCUUCCGUUCCCUCUCUACCUGCAACCGUCAUGGUCGAACCUCCUCAUCAAAUAGGGUGGUUCAACGAUCUGCCUCUGCUAGAUUGGCACGUCAAAGCACCUCACGUGAACUCAUGCUUAAUGAUAUUGUUGGUAAUGGAAUAUCUGGUAUCUUGUAUAAGUGGGUUAACUACGGUCGUGGAUGGCGACCGAGGUGGUUCGUCCUCCAUGACGGUGUUCUCUCUUAUUAUAAAAUUCAUGGUUCCAAUAAGCUCAUUCUUAAUCGUGACGUUGAACAAAGAUCCAAAGUUAUUGGCGAUGAGUCCAUCCGUCGUAUCGCUAGCAACCGACAUUGUCCUUCCCGCCACCGGAAACCCGUCAGUGAAAUCCAUCUCAUGGUUUGUUCUGUACGCGAGAACAAGUCAGAUGAAAGGAGAUUUUGUAUAUGCACGGGGACAAAGAAGAGGUUCCAUUUAAGGGCAGAAAGCAAAGAAGACAGAACAAUGUGGAUGGAGGCAAUGAUGGCAGCGAAGAACAUGUAUCCUCGAUUACCAACCACUGCAGAGAUCACAUCUCCUUCAGUUUCGGUUGUGAUUUCCACAGACAAGUUGAGGCAACGACUUUUGCAAGAGGGUGUAAAUGAGAUUGCUAUUCGUGAAUGUGAAGACAUUAUGAGAGCUGAGUUAUUCCAGUUGCACACUUAUAUUGUUGCCCUAAAGCAGAAACAAUUGUUACUCACUGACACACUCCGUAAUUUAGAGACAGAAAAGGUUGACUUGGAGAACACGCUUGUUGAAGACCAAAGACAAUUCAAGGAUGAAGGGGAGUCUUAUCUAUCAACACAUGAAGAAGAUAGUGAUGGGAGUGGAAGUGAAUAUUCUGAUGAGCAAGAUAGAAAUGAUGAUAACUCCGAAGAUGAGAAUGAUGCAUUCUUCGAUACAUAUGAAAUUCUAACAACAAGUUCUAUUAGAAGUAAUGAAUCUGAGGAGACAUCCAGUAAUCCAACUAUUGGAUCUAACUAUCCUCAUAUCGAUCGGCGAAAGAAGUUGCCUGAUCCAGUUGGGAAAGAAACUGGAAUUAGUUUAUGGUCAAUAAUAAAAGACAAUAUUGGAAAAGAUCUUACAAAAGUUUGUCUUCCAGUUUACUUCAAUGAACCAAUCUCUUCAUUACAGAAAUGUUUUGAAGAUUUGGAAUACUCCCACCUUCUAGAUCAGGCGUAUGAAUGCGGGAAAAAGGGUGACCGUCUAAUGAGGAUAUUAUAUGUGGCUGCAUUUGCAGUUUCAGGGUAUGCAAACACUAGUGGUAGAACUUGCAAACCAUUUAAUCCAUUAUUGGGUGAAACAUAUGAGGCAGAUUAUCCAGAUAAAGGUGUACGCUUUAUCUCUGAGAAGGUGAGUCAUCACCCUAUGGUUGUAGCAUGUCAUUGUGAGGGUCAAGGCUGGAAAUUUUGGGGGGAUAGUAAUUUAAAAAACAAAUUUUGGGGUCGCUCAAUUCAACUUGAUCCUAUUGGUAUUUUGACCGUGGAGUUUGAUGAUGGAGAAGUUUUCUAUUGGAGUAAGGUAACAACAUCCAUUUACAACCUCAUUUUAGGAAAAUUGUACUGUGACCAUUAUGGUACAAUGCGGAUGGAGGGUAACAGUGAGUAUUCAUGCAAAAUAAAAUUCAAGGAGCAAUCAAUCAUUGAUAGAAAUCCUCACCAGGUUCACGGCACAGUGGAAGAUAAGAAAGGAAAAACAAUGGCCACUCUAUUUGGAAAGUGGGAUGAGAGCUUGCAUUACAUAAUUGGAGCUGGAAAAGGAAAAGGGUCCAAUGCCUCAUCAAAAGGACAUAUGUUGUGGAAGCAAAACGAAAUACCAGAGCAAAAAACAAGAUAUAACCUAACAGAAUUUGCUAUUACACUAAAUGAAAUCACACCUGGUCUUAAGGAGAAGUUGCCACCAACAGAUUCAAGGCUAAGGCCUGAUCAAAGAUGUUUGGAGAAUGGAGAAUAUGAAAUGGCAAAUUCUGAGAAAUUGCGGUUGGAACAAAGACAACGACAGGCACGAAAGAUGCAAGAGAAAGGUUGGAAACCAAGGUGGUUUGCCAAAGAAGAAGGGAGUAAUAGUUAUCGUUAUGUUGGUGGAUAUUGGGAGACUAGAGAAAAGGGAAAAUGGGAAUCUAGUCCUGAUAUUUUUGGUCAAUUUUCUGCUGAUCCUGAUCAAGAAUCUAACUUAACUCCAUGAAUUCUCAGUGAUUGAUUAGAUAUUCAUAGACAUUCUUGUCAUCAUUAAUACUUAUUUGAGCAUUAAAGAAAAUAUUUUGAUUAAAGGUUUGAUGUGUAUAGAUGCAUGUAGAGAAUGCAAUGUUUGUUCUCAAUAAAGUAAGUAUUUUUUUUUUUUUUUUUUCCUAUGAGAUGCUCAACUAAUAGGGGAGUUUCUGAUGCAGUUGAAUUUGUAUGAACAUAUAUGUUGACACAUUGUAACAAAAGUACAGAAGGGUUUCUAUUUAUUGAAAACACAACAUUUUCCUGUUUUAUUUUUUGGCGUUGUUGUUGAAAAAUUUUGGUUAUUGGGUUAUGAGAUUUUAUAGG